AUGAACAUCAGCCUCUUGCGGCGCCAGAAGCAGGAGCCUCAACUCAACUUCAGUCGAACCUUCAAGGAAUACGAAGAAGGAUUCGGCAGUCCCACUGGUUUGAGAAACCUGCAUCUCCUGACGUCCAGGAUGCUGCAGGAGGCAGUGAUCGUCCGAGGAGCAGAGAGCACCAGCAGCUACUACCUCUAUUUUGAAGUGGCAAGCGGCGAUGAGUACAGACUGAGGGUCGGUGGCUACGACGCUAAGGGCAGCUCUGCCGGCGACCCUCUCGUCUACCACAACGGCAUGAAGUUCUCGACCAUCGAUCGUGAUCGUGAUUUGAAACAUGGCGUGUACGCCCGCGACAGACCUGCCGGCGAGUCCAAUUUUUACAAUCAACCCUUCGCGUACUGGCAAUCUGACAACACGAGGCACAUCACUCAACUCAUCGACAUGAUCAGACCAAAUGAUUAA